GAACUCGUCAAUGCGAUUCUGCAGCUAGGCCACCUGCCUACCCAAUCCAGCCGCUCGAGCGCGGAGGAGAAGCGGCUUGCCGCGGGCCUCAUCGUAGCACUGAGCUGGCAGCAGAAGGCGCAGCUCCGCGGGCUGCAGCCUGCCACGAGGGUCCACCCCGAACACUCUGGUGCCUGCGCCGGCCCCAGCAGACAGGCGCAAGCCAGCGCCAGCGAG